AUGGAUGAAAGAAAUCUAAACAUUGAGAUUACUGAUACUGAUGAUCCAGCAGGUCCGAUUGAGAUACUGUUAGGAGCUGAUAUCGCUGCAAGUAUUUUUACUGGCGAACAAGUAAAACUUUCUAACGGUCUUCUCGCAACUGAAACUUAUUUAGGCUGGACAUUGAUGGGGAAAUUACCCUUUUUUAGCAGUAAUGAAAAUUUCGCCAUGACGGUAACAUCACUAUUUACUGAAGAAGCUUCCAUUGAAGAUUUAUGGAAUUUAGAUGUAAUUGGAAUAACAGAUUCAACUCAAUGGAAGACAAAAGAAGAAGAAGAUUUUAUGACGAAGAUGAAUUUUUUGAAUUCUGUGACAAUCAAGGCAGAAGGGCGUUAUGAUGUUGCUUUGCCCUGGAAGGAAGAACACGUUCCGUUGCCUUCGAAUAAAUACUUAGCAAAAAGAAGAUUAGAAAAAAUGACCAAUGGAUUGAAUUCAAAGAACUUGUACGCAAAAUAUGAUGAAACAUUAGAAGAGUGGUAUAAAGUGGGUAUAAUUGAAGAAGUGCCUCUAGAAGAAACCGUAGUUCAAAGCCAUUACUUGCCACACAGACCUGUGGUGAAACAGUAUGGAACAACGAAAAUUCGUCCUGUCUUCGAUGCGUCAGCAAGAGAGAAAUCAAUGCCCUCUUUAAAUUAA